AUGUCGAAUGAAUCUGGUGGUGGCGGUGGUGGAGGCAGCAAUGGCGGUGGUGGUCGAGGACGAGGUAAAGGGAGAGGAAGCAGAAACCGAGGUGGCGGCCGUGGAAAAGGAGGCCGUGGACAGGGAAGCAAGGGCGGAAGGGGAGGAAAUAACACCGCUAGCACUAAUAAUGAAGAGGACGGACAAAAGAAAAACAACAACAAAGGCCGAAACAAUCGGAAUCGUCGCAAUAACAAGGCGAAGAGCAAAGAAUCUGCCCCACAAAUUUCCGAAGAGGAAAAGCAGCGAUUGGCAGAGGAAAAGCGACUUGCAGAAGAAGCCGAAGCGGAACGAAAACGAAUAGAAGCAGAGCAGCAGGCACUGGAAGCCGCUCGCGAAGCACGUCGGAAAGCAUUGGAAGAAUUGGAAACCAAAACUCGCCAGGCUACCGAAGACGUUCAAUCCACCAUUGACACCAUUGUUGGUCACAGGGAAAACCGAGAAGCUCUAGAAAAGGAAACUCUGAUGGCCUUUCGCAAAGACUUCGCCGCUGGCAAAAAAUCACUCAAAUCGGACCUCAAAAAGUGCACCGCCUUUGUCAAGAAGAUCAAAUCAGGCAGCGCUUGGUCCAUGAAACCAGCUGAUAUCAACCGUGAUGUUUCUACGCUGAACUUGUCGAGAUAUGUUGAAGAAGUCGUUUCUGCACUCUUGGAGGCUGAUUUGAAGUUGAAAGAUAUGCCUGUAAUCUUGGCGUUGUGCAAGGCGAUGCACCUUAGAUAUCCCGAAUUCUUGUCGAACUUGUGGUCCAAACUAUGGUCCGUCGUCCAAGGCAAACCCACAGAAGAAACCGCCAAAUCUCGUCGAAUCUAUGUGCGCAUUAUUACCGAAUUUGUGCUCAAUGCGAUUUCCACAGAAACCAAGCCACUUGUCAAGUUGAUCACGGAAUGUUCGGGUGGCAAGGAUGGAAGCUAUGCUGUCUCGGAUGCCACAGUGAUCUUGGCUUUUGCGAAAACAGCUGGGUUGGAACUUUUGGGUGUUGUCCCACGGUCGCUGCAAGAAAGUAUGGCCUUGAUUCAACAAGAGGUGGACAAACAGGAAGCACAUGCCGCUACUAUCGAAUCGAAUGGGGAAGAAGUCAAAGAGGAGGAGCAGCCCAUUAUUAUUUCAACAAAGAUGGCCACCAACGCGAAGGCCAAGGUAGAGUCACUGCAAGGAAUGCUGGAGGAACGCGCCGUUUCAGACGAGAUAUCCGAAUUAUUGUGUACCCAUUGCAAGGGAGCCUAUCGUACAUUGUCAGAUACUCUUGUGACCACUCACACCAAGCUCCAAAAGAUGGAAAAGCGGUGUGAGAAUGAUCGUCUCUUGUCAGGUAGCCUCCCCGAAGCUCGCGAAAAGGGAUUGAAUGAUGCACGCAAACUCAAGGAGAACUUGGUGAAAACUGUCGAAGCGCUGUCAGAUAUUAUGGCACUCAAAAUGCCCCAACUCAAGGAAGAAGAAAGUGAAGAAACUGAUGGUUCUGGACCUGGGGUGGAGUUGUGGACCAAGGAAGGUGGAGAUGGAGAUGACUUUGGACCCUUUGAUGACGAAGAGACUAGAGCCUUUUAUUGUGACAUUCCUGACUUGCUUACAACCAUUCCUCCAGCAUUACUCAACUUGAGUCCGGAAGAGAUUGAAAAGCGAAAGGCAGACAAUCAAGCCAAAUAUGGUGGAUUUGACAGUUUGACAGAGGAAGAAGGAGACACCGAUGCACCCGAGGUCGUGGCAUCUGAAGCCGAAUUGAAUGCUGCCGAGGAAGAAGAGAAUAAGGAAUCUACCGAAGCUCAACAAGAAACGGAAGAGGACAAGGAAACCCCUCACUACAAGUUGACAGUUUUGUUGGAACAAGAAUUGCCCGAGUGCUGCCGCAGAGAGCAAAUUGAUGAAAUGACAGAAAGGUUCUGCACGAAUCAUGGAUCUUCCAAGACUUCUCGAAAGCGUUUAUCGCAAACUCUCUUUCAUGUUCCUCGGACUAGGCUGGAUCUAUUGCCGUACUAUUCUCGUAUGACUGCAACUCUAGGAAGAGUUUGGUCUGAACUUGGAACUACGCUUGUUACUGAUUUGGAGCAACAAUUCCAUGGACAGGCCAAGUACAAGAAGAAUCAGAACAUUGAAUCCCGAUUACGAACUGCACGGUACAUCGGCGAACUCACAAAGUUUCGAGUGGCACCUCCCAUGGUUGCCCUCCGCUGUUUGCGACGUUGCUUGGACGACUUUACCGGCGGUAAUGUCGAUGUUUCGUGCUGCAUCCUGGAGAGUUGUGGUAGGUACCUUUUUCGAUUGAAGCAUACCAAUAAAAAGUUGGCAAAUUUGAUGGAAAUAAUGAUGAGACUCAGCAAAGCGAAGCAUCACGAUGAGAGAUUGCAAGCAUUGAUCAAUACUGCAUUUUAUACAGUGAAACCUCCCGCUAGUGGACCAAAGAAGCAAAUGAAAACAUAUCCUCCGCUUGAAGGGUACCUCCGACACUUGCUCAUGAACAAGUUGCAGCCGAGUGAAUCCAGUAUAUCGAACGUUUCGAAGCAACUCAUCCGCUUUCCUUGGGGAGAUCCUUCACAGCAGUGCGGUAAGCUGAUCUGCAAAAUCAUGUUGAAAACUUGUCGCAGGGGAAGGUACAGGUCGAUUCAAGCUGUGGCGUCAGUUGCCACAAAGCUCCGACGUCACAAGCCCGAGGUUUGCAUUCGGCUACUUGAUGCUGUGUUCGAAGAGCUUCAAUGGUCGAUGGAGAAUCCGUCAUUUAAGGAUCAGCAGCGAACGCUUACAAUUGCUCGGCUUCUGGGGGAGAUGUACUGUGCAUCGAUUGCAUCAGGGCAAUUAGUUCUUCAGCAGCUCUACAAGUUCAUCAACUUUGGGCACGAAAUCCCAGAUCCUCUUCGAGAGGCCAGCGAAAGUAUUGCGCAAUCCCAAGCAGAUACCGAAACGGAAGAUAAGCUUCCAGUUUUCAAUUCUGCAUCUGCCAUUUCACAAACAAUUCAAGAGGACGAGGAAGUCGAGGAAAUUGAACUGGAAACCAAAGAAGAGGUUGAAGCUCCAAAGCCUGUGGCCGUGUCGAAACACUCGAAGUUUGAUCCUCGGGUUUUUAGCUCGCUGGAUCCACCGAACUCUGUUUUCAGAAUCAAGCUUGUUUGCACUCUCCUUGAAGUUGUAUCGAAGACUAUCGUUACUAGGAACAACCUUUCCAAGGUUGAAGGAUACUUGGCAGCAUUCCAGCGCUAUCUCUUCACGAAAACAAUUCUUCCAACAGAAGUUGAGUUCGCACUGUUGGAUACUUUUGAUCUGAUCGAUUCGCAAUGGCGACGGGUAGGAAAGGAAGCUGGAGGCAAAUCAAAGCAAGAUGACAAGGAUACUAGCAAGGUUACUAGAUUCCCACGCUAUCCUACGUGGCUUGACGCACACAAUGCUACUGUUGCUAACGAAGAAGCGGAUGCUGCAGCAGAACUUCGUGUCCAAUCACGCUUGGAAGCAUCAGCUGAGACAAGGGCUUCUGACGAUGGGACUGUUGCAAGUGACAUGUUGCACGAUGAUGACGAUAUGUCUCAUGACGACGACGACGAUUCGAUCGAAGACGGUCUUUCACAUGCCAAUGACAGCCUUGCGGAUGAAAUCGAUCUCGAAAAUGAUUCUGGAGAUGAGCAAAUGGAUGAAGAUGACGACGACGAAGACUCGUCUGGCGAGAGUGAGGAUGAUGAAGAUUCAGACGACGAAGAUUCGGACGACGACAGCAUGGAUGAUGACGAUUCUGAGGAAGAAUUCGACGAACAAGCAUACAUGCAACAACUUGAGGACGAAGCCUUUGAGCGUGAGUUGAGACGUCUGACUAUGGACGCUUUGGAAAAAGGCAAAGCCACUACUCGUGGAGGCAAAGUGGCCGAAACCAUGCCCACUGGUUCUCAAUUCAUCAAGAAGAAACAAGCAGACCUUGCAGUCCCUGGUCCAGCCAUUGCGCUUGGAGGCAAGGAGGGAAUUAAGUUUCAAAUGUUGAAGAAGGGAAACAAAGGAAAAAUGGAAGCAAAGCAGUUUUACGUCCCUACUGACACCAACUUGGCUCACGUUGCGACGAAGCAAGAUGAUGAAGCAGCUAGAGAACGCGAUAUGAUCAAGGCCAGAGUGCUACAGUACGAGGCAGAUGCUGCUGAGUCUGCCAACGCCGGAGGAAAUGUUUAUCUGGAACAAGAAAAACUCCAAGUCAUCAGAAAUCGCCCACUAUCAAUGGACGAUAUUGAUCGCAACUUUGGAACUAGUGGAGGCAACCUCCGCCAAGAUGGGAAGUCUAGAGGCAGCAGUACUGGAGGAGGCCGUGGAUCUUCUGGCGGCCGAACUUUCACCGGUGGCCGAUACCCAUCUGGGCGAUCUGGUGGCCGUGGAGGCCGAGGAAGGGGCCAUAGUGGAAGGAGUCUUGUGUAG